GUCCGACAAGAAACAUGAACUUAAUGAACGUUACGUUGUUUAGACUCAAAGCCACAAAACGGCGAAAUUAAUGCAUGUUCAACCAAAAUUAGCUAUAUAAAAAUGUAUAGUCUUUGUUUUCAUAGCAUUAUGUUUUAUGCGCUGAAAUGUAAAAACGUAUAUUUUUUAAAGUACCGGAUACCCGUUGUGGUUUCAGGAGGACACAUUUGCCGAGUGGCGCAUCGUAUAUGUAGGAGGGGGCUAUUUGCAGCAUCAGUUGAUCCCAGCAUCAAUCAUCUUAGCGUUUUAGAAGUUUAUUUCUGAAAAAUUCAACUGACAGUGUUUUCGAUGUGCGAUUCUCAGUUCCACUUCGGAUUGUAAGGUCAUUUGUCAGCAACGGAAGGAGUGUUGUGCCCACAUGGGCAGCGUUUUGGCUUUGUCUUCCGGUCCAGGCCAUCAGAAUUGGCCUUUCUCUACGGACCCUCCUCCUUCUCGCUGGGACGCACAUCCUGCUCACUGGGACAGUCCACCGCGCUGGGAGAGGAGGGAUGGUCGCCUACCCAACCCAGGCAGCUUUCAUUCUCUGCACAGGAGCUGCAAAGAUGUGUUUCCUCAACAGAUUGAGGGAGUCAAGAUGAUCCUCAAUAAAACCCUGAGCAGCUUUUUCAAGGUCAGUCAUGCUCUCCAUCUAAGUGCUGUUAGUCCUUCAUACUAUCGAUUCCAUGUGGAGCAUCUGCAGUCUGAUGAUUACAGCAAGGACAAGGAUGCCCCAGCGUUGAUCGGUGAGAUGGACUCUUCAGGCAGUCUGAAUGCUCACGCCCUGUUGCAUCUCACUGAGCGUGUACGAGCCAGAACAGUGUUCCAGACCCAGCAGUCCCAGUUUGUGACCUGGCAGUUUGAAACUGAGUACAGAGGGAAUGACUUCACUGCUGCUGUGACGGUAGCCAACCCAGAUGUCCUCAGAGAGUCAGUCAUUCUUGUGGCGCAUUUCCUGCAGAGUGUCUCUUCUGGGCUGGUCUUAGGAGGGGAGCUGGUCUACCAUCGAGGCCGAGCAGAGGAAGGUGGAAUACUUACUUUGGCUGGGCAAUACUCAAGGCCAAACUGGGUGGCGACGCUGAAUGCUGGGAAAGGAGGUGCACAUGCUAGCUACUAUCACAGAGCCAACAAACAGAUUCAAGUUGGGGUUGAAUUUGAAGCCAGCACCAGAACACAGGAGACCACAACCUCAUUUGGGUACCAGAUGGAACUUCCAGAGGCCAACAUGGUCUUUCGAGGUAUGAUAAACAGUCGCUGUAUAAUAGGAGGCGUGUUGGAGAAGCGUCUGACCCCACUCCCUGCCACCUUGAUCAUGGGUGCCUUUGUAAAUCACAGAGGUGACAAGCUGCAAGUGGGCCUAGGCGUCAAUGUGGGAUAAUCCUUCACUAACCCGUGCUGGAAUUACAACUCACUGUCAGGACAUCCAUCCAGAGACUUGUUUCAGAGGCACAACUUGAUCUUCCCAGGUUUAUCAGCCUCACUAAAACGCUUUGUAUGGACCACCUCAGUAUCGUGGAUUGUUUGGGUGUUGAAGCCCAAAAUGUUUUUGUAAAUCGAAGCACCUCAUCUUGCAACCUACCUCUCAAUAAUGAGGUGAUAUAUAUUUUUUUUUUAAUUAAAUAGGUUUAAAAAGGGAAAAUGGCUGAACAUUUUGAGGGACUCAACAACUGAAACUACAGUUGUGUUCCAUUCCUGCUGAAACUGGACAUCAUCCUCUGGGCACUGGAAACAGAAAGGAUAAGGGGUGUGCUUUACUGAAAACUGAAAAUAAAGUUUUUUACUAGUAUAGAUACACCUGAUGUAUAUAGAACAUAUGGCAAGAUGGUAGUGUUUUAUCUGCUCUUUCUGCUAACCUUGUUUGAAGCACACCAGUUUUUUUUGUUUUGUUUUGUUGUUUUUUUUUUUAAAACUAGUACAUAAUUUUUCCUGUCUUCUAGGCAGCCAUUGGUUUGUAGAAACAGAAAACCUGCUUGGGAUAAGAGAUACAAACGCCCAAAUUCACAAUAUUCUUUUCCCAAUGUCCACGCUGUUUUUUUAUGUGGGUAUUAUUUAAAUAGUCCAAGACUGCUGUCUGUUAAAUCUUGAAUUUAAACUUAAACUUAAACUUCAAACCUUUAUUGUCAGUAUAUUUUUACAUACACUGAAAUUCUUCUCUGCAUUUAACCCAUCACUGAUUGAACACACACAUGCAACAUGCAGUUUUGAAAAGAGUAAAAACAUCAGUUAAAUGUUUACUUAUCUCAAGCUCACUAGGUAAUUAUCACACAAACUAAUGCAGAUAGGAUCGAUCUAAGAGCAUAAUGUCAAAAUCAGGUGAAAUGAUGCAAAUGGAGUAUGCUCCUUAAAACUGUGCGUAUGAAUAGGUGAUUGUGCAUUUGAUUGUGUGCACAUUUUUAUUUUUUUCCAGCAUAAAAAACUGUGUGACAUUCCACAUAUGAACAAACAGCCCGUGGACUGUGGGAGAAAAGGUGCUGCUCCAUGUAUACUAACCUCCAGCUGAGGGGAUGUGAGAGCGGCUCUGCACUGACUCUACUGAGCCAGGACUGUACUGUACUGUAUGUAUAUAGAGGGAAACACUGACCUGUAUGCAACCUGCACUACUCACACUGCUUGUGGGCAUUUCAAAUCCUGUUUAACAUAAGAAAAGUUGCAUCUCUAUUACAUUAUGUAAUAUAAGCAUAGAGAGAAGUGGAAAGGAAUGACCUGUCUUUUUGGACUUAAUUUAUUAAAGAUGUUAUUUCUAUGAGA